AUGACUGGGACCUUUAAUAAACCCUGUGAUGAGAGGGGGGGCUGUCUGGAGGAGCAGCUGAGCCGUCUGCAGAGAGAGAAGAACGACCUGCAGUCCAGGAUGGAGGAGGACCAGGAGGACAUGAACGAGCUGAUGAAGAAACACAAGGCUGCUGUGGCCCAGUCGGCCCAGAACCUGGCUCAGAUCAGUGACCUACAAGCCCAGCUGGAGGAGGCCCUGAAGGAGAAGCAGGAGGUUCAGGAGAAGAUACAAGCCCUCCAGAGCCAGCUGGAGUUCCAGGAGCAGUCCAUGGUGGAGAAAUCCCUUGUCAGCCGGCAGGAGGCUAAGAUUCGCGAGCUGGAGACCAAGCUGGACUUUGAGAAAACCCAGGUCAAACGGCUGGAGAGCCUUGUAGCUCGCCUCAAGGAGAACUUGGAGAAAUUGACCGAGGAACGAGACCAGCGCAGCAGCGGUGAGAUCCGAGAGAAGGAACAGAACAAACGGCUUCAGAGACAGAUCCGCGACAACAAGGAGGAGACAAGCGAACUGGCCAAAAAGGAAUCAGAGGCCAGCCGCAAAAAACAUGAGCUGGAAAUGGACAUUGAGAGCUUAGAGGCUGCGAAUCAGAGCCUGCAGUCAGACCUUAAGCUGGCCUUCAAAAGGAUCGGUGACCUGCAGGCAGCCAUCGAGGACGAGAUGGAGAGUGACGACAAUGAAGACCUCAUCAACAGUUUGCAAGACAUGGUGACAAAGUAUCAGAAAAGACAGAACAGAGCUCAGGGCGAUUCAGACACAGACUCUGAGGUGGAGGACCGUGUAGACGGGGUGAAGUCAUGGUUGUCUAAAAACAAAGGAUCCGCCAAAAACCUCUCAGAUGACGGCAGCCUCAAGAGCUCCAGGUCAGUACAAAGGCAGCUGCUAUUACUAACACUACAGCAGCUGUUACUAAGUAGUCUACCUACACAUUUGACUGCUUCUGAACUAUGUCGGGAUGAAGUUAAUGCAAUAGCAGUAGAGCACUUGGUUGAAAUAAGGUGGGAGCUAUUACUUACAUGUGUUUCGAAGCUGCUUUGUCUUUAUUGUCGUCCGCUCGGUGAAAAGGAGACUUCUUUUUUUCCAAACAAACCACCUCCAUGGUAGAUUUAUCGACCUGCCCACUGGCCAGCUGGCGUAGUCUACCUGAGCCGCUUGCUGAGAUUAAUGAAUGUGUCUGCUAGCUGACAGCUUCCAAUGCUCCAGAUUUGUCUCCUUACCAGAAGAUUUAACUUCACUCCCUCACCGAGCCACUCCCAACUUUAAUAACUUUUUGAGCUUUCAAAUCUCUCUUAGCAGCAUGUCCCCACAGACAAACACUGUCUGAUUCCCCAGCACUGACUCCUGUAAUGUCUUUAAAAUCAAUGGGACUUUAAUGUCAAUUUAUUUCCCACAAGGUAUAUCGGAAAUCCUGCCUAGCUGUCAGUCCUUCACAUAGACCCACGUCAUUAGUUUCUUAUCAGUUGUCUACAGCUAUACUAUCCUUUCUCUGUCUUUCAGUCAUUGCUGUACUCUCAUUUUGCUGAAUUUCAUUAGGUAACAUUCUACUACAGGAGCUGCCCUCUUGAAAUGAUGACACCAUAUGUAACACAGAGUGUGCACAGUUGUAUAAAGAGGCCUAAGAACCAAUCUCAGCCUGUUAGCAUGAGCAACCUAGCUGCUAUAUUAGCAUUUGAACAACUAAGCUUGUUAUCUCUCUAAAUACAUUCAUAACCAAAUUGACGCAGACUCAUAAUUAGUAUUUCAAAACGUCAUAUGUUUGUCUGCUGACAGUAAUAUGAACACACACACAUUGGUCUGAUAGCGCUGGCUAACCUUAAUGUCAGUGGAAAUGCGGUUAAGCUAGCUAGCGACAUGUUUAAAUAUGCAUAUAAUCACGUUAUAGAAAGUUAAAGUUACUUCUCUCUACAUGUCCACUCAACGUACUGUAGCAAAUGUUAAGGCCAGAUUAGAGUCCUUCAUCAAAUCUGUGAGAUUUAGGUUUCAACCAAAAGCAUUUACUGUCAAGAAUAGUAAGACUUAAGGGAUACAACUCAAACGUUGCCUUUCAUUUGGCUAGAUGAGGGUUUUUUGCCAUUAUGCCAAAUUGGACAAAACA